AUGAACAAAGAGAACAAAGAAAGAGAAAAAAGAAGACCAAUCCCAUUAGAAUACGAAUCAAUUGAUAAAGCACUAGAAUCAUCCGUAACAGACACAGAUAUAUCACUUAAAAUACCAACACCCAUCGAUACAACACAAUCCCCAUCCCCAUUCACCUUCAAAGAUAAACUGCAAGAUGACCAAUUAGACAGCAACUACCAAUGCUGUGGUAUUUCAUUACCAACACUGCAUGACUUAGUCUCACACUAUGAACAGUCACAUUAUAAGUUCAUUUCAACAGAAAAGAAAGGAAAACAAUACGUAAAGUGGUACGGUGGUGAUACACAUACAGAUAUAGUACAAGUACCUACUGUUGUAUUUAAUGAUAACACAUUAACAUAUGACUAUUCUAAGCCAACUGCCUUUUAUAAUACUAUAUUACAGUCUGAGUCAUUAUCACUUGGUGUAUUACUGCCACCCAUUGUAGUCCGUGACUUUGAUAUGGAUGCGGAGGUGGAAAUGAUGGGGGAGACGCAUUAUGAAGAUGAAGAUAAAAAGAGACCCUUUAAGUGCACUCAUAUUGGGUGCAAUAAGAAAUAUACAUCUGCUUAUGGGUUGAAGUAUCACAUGAGCAAGGGACACACUGGGGGUGGAAUGGAGAGUGAGAAGCCAUAUGCUUGUGAUGUGCCUGGGUGCGGGAAGAGAUACAAGAAUGCGAAUGGAUUAAAAUAUCACUUCAAUAAUGGGCAUUAA